CAUUGAAAACCAAAGCGCAACUUUUCACCCAAAGGAAAAUCAAGCCGCGCACUCGGACAAAAUAUAGUUCCACGUUUUCAACUCAGAGUCUUAAAAAUAAAGCCGUGCGAUUCGGAUAGGUCGGGUAGGCUUUUGCCGUGCGGAUUUCGGAGUGGAUCUAUGUGACCGCUGAAAUCUUUAGAUCGCCUUUUGAGCACUUUUGUUAAUCCUGGCGUAAAGUGGGUGAUGAAUCUCGCGGCCAGUAAAGAAGCGAGAACUUGCUGUGCAGCCCGAGUAGUUCUUGCGAUUGUUAUUGUUGCUUUAAAAAUAUUUGUAUCACGCCACAAAUAACGCGAAACGCGUCGAAAGUGGGGGAAAAGUGCUUCUGGAGUCGGAAUAUGGAGCUACAAGGCCUUCAAGAAGCAUUGAAAGUAGAAAUCCAAUGUCAUCAGAAGCUCGCUGUCAGAAGUUGUCCUGUGGGGACGGCUGCCAAACCGCUCGCCCUCAUCAAGCCGCCCAGCCAGAGCAUCGCCAUCUCUGUGGUGCCGGCAAAGACUCCUGUUUCCAUGGUGACAGCACACAUUAAUGGACAAAAGGCGUUGAGUUCUGAGACGCUCCAGACGUCCCCCAUCAACCUCCAAACACCCGCUGGACAGCACAUCAGCCGCUCACAGAUGUUGGGAGCCCUCACUGCGAUCCCGAUAAAGGUGCCUCACAUCAGCUCUCUGCAGCGGCUGGCAGGACACUCACCUAGUGUGCAACCUCAGGUUAGGCCAAAGACUCUUAUUCCAGACAGCCUUCCCUACAGCCCAUGCCGAGAGCAGCAGUCCGGUCAAACGCUGGCCGUGCUGCAGAGCAUGGCUGUGGUCAGCCCAAAGAGCCAAGGUGCAUCUUUGCCAACUGCCAACAGCACCUUCAAUCACGAGAGACUCUCCAACGGGCAGGAAGAGAGUUCCUCUUUGCCCUUGUCUGCGCCAAACACUUCCACAGCCUCUGCAAGUCAAGGGGUGGCUUAUGCCAUCAUCUCAGCAGCCUCGCCUGUAGCCCAUGGAGUGUCAGGAGUAACCGAGGCCAUUAAGGUGCAACCACUGAUUUUCAGCCCUGACAGCAAGGUAAUAAUCAUUCAGCCCCAGAUUGCCAGCAACUCUAAGAGUUCUCCGACCUCACAAACUAACAGUCCUGUGAAGGAGCCAAGCCCUGACCUCUCAACCCCAGCUAAAAAGGUGGAGGAACCAGAGAAAAUUGCCUUCAUGGUCGCACUAGGCCUGGUCACCACAGAACACUUGGAAGAGAUCCAGAGUAAACGACAGGAGAGAAAAAGGCGAAGCACAGCUAACCCUGCGUACAGCGGACUGUUUGAACCAGAGCGCAAACGACUUGCCUCCAAUUACCUGAACAGUGCGAUGUUUCUGUCGGCGAGAGACUCUGAGGAGCUCUGCUGGAAGGAGGAGCGGCAGCAUGAUGAUCAUUGUGCAGUGUGUAAACAGGAAGGAGAUCUUCAGCCGUGCCACACUUGUACCCGCGCCUAUCACCCUGACUGCCUGCAUCCACUUCUCAAAACUGCCACCAGGGGCAUAUGGAUGUGCCCCAAGUGCCAGAAGAAAGUUUUGAACAAAGAGAACCUGUCUUGGCCACAGAACUUCAUCCAGUCGUAUGUUACACAUAAAACAGUGCGAGAGGAGGAAUGCAGGAAGCUAAUGAGGAGAAACACUGAGCUGAAACUAGAGUGCGAACAUCUGAGUGAAGAGGACAAGAAACUCUACGAUUCUCUCACUAAAUGCAUUGAGCAGAAGGAGCAUCUUUUGGGUCAGAAACGGGAGACUCAGACGUCCCUUGAGCGUCUCAAGACUCUGAUCCGACUCAUUCAGCGUGACCAGAUGAUCCAAGUAACUAUGACGGCCACCACCACCACCGGAGCGUCGCUGCUCUCGCUGCCGUGGAUCAAAGCCUCGGGCACCAGCUCCACGGCGCCCACAGCUGGCUCCUCCGCAGUACUGCACAAAACCACACUUCAGCCGCACGGCAACAACUGACCCCCAACCCACACAAACACAUAGAACAGCUCUCUACAAGACCACCGAACGUCUUGGUAAAGAGACACGGACGCUGAUAUCUAACCAACGUGCAUUUUCUUCUGGUAACGUCUUACCAUAAAACAGUGGACAAGAUUAUGAGAAAUUAUGAGCGUCACUCAAUUCAUACGUAUUUUUUAAAGCCAACACACAGUGCUCACAAGAUGUAAUUUUUUUUAUUCCCAGUUUUUUUAUGUAUUAUUUUUCUUGGCCUUAAUGUAUUUAUGACUAGAUUACGAUGCAGUUGCAAGUAUAUGAAAUAAGUAUUCUACAUAGUUAGAAACAUUUCUUUUUAUGCUUUGCGGGGUUUUUUUUUUUACCAGGGUUUGGUGUGUUUGCGUAUCGGGGGGAAUAAUGGUUUCGCGUUUAGUUAUCGAGAAGGUUAGCGUAGUUAUAGCCGAAGACAAGCGACAUAUGAAAUGAAGAGCACUGUACAUUGAUAUAUCGAAUAAACAUUUGUUUGAUUUU